AUCUAGUGUUUCCGUUUCCCAUUACAGCCUGUAGGAACUGUCCAUCUCUGGGAGGUGAUGGAGAGGAGGUGUGAGGGUAAACACAAGGAGUCUGUUCCGUACAUGUAGAGAAGAAAGGUCCCCUUCCCCCUCCCCACCCCGGGUGCCACAGAGUGGGCUCGGUGAGUCACCGGGUCGCGGGAUUCAGGGCCGGAAAAGACCUUAGAUCUGGCCUUACUCAUUUAUUCUCCAAUUAAGGAAACAAGCCUAAGGAGUAGACAUGCCUUGUCCAUGGUCGUACCGGUUGUAAAGGGCAACUCUGGAAGCAGACUUCCUUCACUCCGGCCGGCUGGAGACACGGAGGACGGUUACUUACGCAGCUUUAGAACCCCUUCUCCUGGGCUACGAAGAAAAACCCAGCAUUACGCCCAACGAUUCCCUCCUCCUGGAGCCCGGCGAGGAGAGCAAGAUCAGACCUGACUUCCAGGUUCCUGCCCACUCCCCGUGCUCUCCUCCCGCCACCCCCGCUCCAUCUCUGCGCACUUUCUGCGCCUCCCGCGGGAGGAAUAAGGGUCCUUGGGGGCUCUUGUGCUCCCGAGCUCCCCUUUCUCCGUACACCUGAGACUCCUGGUCUCCCUUAAACCCGACAGAGGCUUUUCCUCCUCCCGGGAGCAACUUCUGGGAGGCGGGGCGGGCUCUGGGCCGGCGCUGGGAGGGACCCCGCCGCUCCCCGCCUCCCUGCCUUCCCCGUAGGCAGCGGGCACCGGCGCUCCUGGCACAGCCUGGCCCAGAGUUGGGAGCGCGGCGCGCCGAUCGGGCCGUGGCACGGGCGGCGGCGGACUCGGAGUCAGAAGCCAGAGCCCGCAGAGCAGACUGGAGAGGGCAGAUCUUGGCACAAUGGGAAGAAUUUACAAAGAAGCAGAUUUGGGCUUGAAAAUAAGGAAAAACAUCCUAAGAAUCAGAGCUAUCCAGGAGUGGAAAGAUUUGUGUUAAAAGCAGUCAUGUGUGAGACGGGCACGAUGCCCCCCGAACCGGCCAGCCCAGGGGCCUAUGAUGGCGAGUCCUCGGACACCUAUCUCCAGGUUGAUCGCUGGCAGAGACUACGAACAGCUGUCCGGAGGCUGGAAUUCUGGGAGAACUUUGAUGCAGAACUUAUUGGGAGUGGCUUCUUUUCUCAGGUCUAUAAGGUGACCCAAAGUACGACCUGCAAAGUGAUGGUGGUGAAGAUCUAUAAGAACGAUGUGGACCAACUGGUGAUCCUGAGGGAGAUCAGCUUGCUGCAGAAACUGUCCCACCCCAACAUUGUGAGGUACCUGGGCAUCUGUGUGAGGGAUGAGAAGCUAUAUCCAAUCCUGGAGUAUGUAAAUGGUGGCUGCUUGGAAGAGCUGCUGGCCAGACCUGAAGUGCCUCUGAGCUGGAAGGAGAAGGUGGCUCUGGCCUGUGACAUUACCAGGGGCAUGGUGUACCUCCACUCCAAGAAUAUUUAUCAUCGAGACCUCAACUCCAAGAACUGCCUGAUCCGUGUCUCGCCUCGGGGCCGGGAGGCCCUGGUUACCGAUUUUGGCCUGGCCCGAGAAGUGGUAGAGAUGCCAGCCUCAGACCCUGAGCGGAAGCUGUCCCUGGUGGGCUCUGCCUUCUGGAUGGCCCCUGAGAUGCUCCGGGGGGAGCCGUAUGACCGGAAGGUAGAUGUGUUCUCCUUUGGCAUUGUCCUUUGUGAGAUUCUGGGGCGAAUUCCUGCUGACCCCGAGGUUCUUCCUCGGACUCAGGACUAUGGACUAGAUGUGGAUGCAUUCCAAGAGAUGGUCAGUGAGUGCCCCUCACGCAUCCUCGAGUUGGCUGCCAGCUGCUGCCGGCUGGAAGCUUUGAAGCGGCCAUCCUUCACUGAGCUGCUUGAAGAACUGGAGGAGAUGGCUGAGAUGCUGGACUCCCAAACAGCCAGUUAGCUUUUGGGGUGUGAACUUUGGUGCCUGCUCCCACCUGACCCUCCUGUAGGGACACACGAGGCUUCACUACCUGAGCCAUAAGCAGAUCCAGGAGGGGACAGUUCCCUCCUACAGCCUUCAUGGAUUUGUUUGUGCUUGUGCCUCCGGCUGCUUUCUCAGAAGACUUGGUGACAGAGAGUUCAGCAGACAAUACACAGAGAGUUAUUACAGAGAUAACUCAGAUGGGAACAUUUUCUGGGCUCUUUUGAAGCAAAAACUUAAAGACUCAUUUGUAAUAUAAAUAACCCGAAGUGCUCACAAAAUGGAUGGAAAUGAUCAGAUGUCAGAAUUCUGCUUUGCCCUGUGGGCUCCAUCCUGGGUACCCUGGAACCCCCCAAACUAGUGUGGUAACCAGGUCAACACUCCUUUGGGGGAAGGAGAGGUUGCUAGGUCACAGCUGAAAGUUAGUAAAGACCAGGAGCUGAAGCUGGAGUCUCCAGCCAGCUCCCUUCUAACGCUGGAGAAAUGUCCACCCUGGACCCCUUCUUUACUGAUUGGUGACCUCCUCUUCUGGCCCACUCUUUCAAGAACAAUGUCAGCUGUGCCUCCUUUCCCCCUACUCUGUGCACAGUCCCUCUUGUCCCUUCUCAUGGGGACCCUUUCUUUCUUUUCUUCUUUUCUCUCCCCCACUCUGGAACCAUGAGCCAUGACCAAAUUAACUGGUUUUGUUCUUGCUCAACUGACUGCUCUAGACCCUGCUCUAGCCUUCCCACCUAAGUGACCUUUCCUGGCCACUCUUCUCCUUUGGGUAUUGUUAGAUCUCUGGGACUGUCUCUACUUUUUAUCUUUUUUUCUCCAUCACUUAAAUGAAUGAAUGAUGGCCAGACAGGUAGGAAGUUAGACAAAUGGCUCCUGAGCAGUAGGGGAAGAGUCCUUGGAUCUGUCUAUUCCUGGGGAGGCCCAUUCCCCUGUUGAUCAAAGGCCUGAGGCUAAACCCAAACCUGACCCCCCAGCUCAGCCAGCCUGUGAGGAAGCCAAGAGGGCUGAAAGGAGGAGAAGUUCUAUCUAAAGAGCCAAAUUUCAUUCCCUCUUCUUUGACUUGGGUGAUUCCCCAGAGGAAGGAGCCGAUGGGCUUUCCUGAGUCUGGAAUCAUCCAUCUCACUGCUACAAUGGAUAUACCUAGUCAACUCAGAAACCUUUCUUAUGGGUAUCAGCAGCAUGAUUCUCUCUCCCUGUGAUUUACACGUCCCCUUAGAUGGAGAUUGACUUUAAAGUACAAGUCUUUCCUCCUGCCUUUGCAAGACACCGUGUCCUAGUAUCUCCUAUCUAAGAGUCUCCUCCCUUUAUCUGGGUCUCGUCAUCUCCUUCAUCUAUGCUCUGGGAGGAGAUGCUUUCACAAGCAAAACUCCAGCAAACCCCAGAGAUCCAAGCACACGGGAGGGUGUCUAAUGAGUUUUUACAUGUGGCAGCUUCUUGCUCCCCCUGUACUUUUUUGCAGAGCAACAUAGUUUGUAUCUCUGUGAAUUGUUUUUUUACCAAUGCUGUCUCCUUGAAAUCCCCAGCUAACUUUCUUCAUGGAAAAGUGAAGCUGGAAUGGGCAAGGGAUAUCCAAACAGAGCAGGGAGAUGUGGGAGCACAAAGCAGGAAGUCUGGCUAGCAAGAUUCACUGUGUCUGGCUGAGUGAAUUUGAAGAAGUCACCUAAGAACUCUGGGUCUUAUUUUCUCCAUGGGAUUAAGAGGGGCUGCCAAAGUUUCUCCAGAUGUUCGAGAUGGGGUAUGACUCACCGUGGAUGGAUAGAGAGGGUUUCCAGCCUUUGAAGUACCACCCACCUAUGUGGGUUGGCCAUCACCUUGUACCCCCUUGAAGCUAGUGCUGGAUGGGGCUGAGCAUAGAGCAGAAUUCUGUGAAUCCAGGGCUCUUGUUGUCGAACAUAAUCAGCGGAUGUCUUAGA